UUUCGUUACAACGACAGAAAUAACUUUAAAUCGUAGAUGAGUUUACACAUCUCUUUAGUAUUGUUUAUUAUUUUUAUUUCUAAAGUUGACAGUCAGUUCAACGACAUUUGUGGCCCAAAUAAUGGAAAACGAUUUUAUUUGGAACCAGGCGAAAACGGAUCUUUAUUGGGGGAUAUCAAACAUAAUGUUUUUGUUCAAAGCAAAAAUAUUAGUAUGUACAAUAAAUGUACAGUAGAAUUUAUUACUUGUCCUUCUUGUGUGAUAGAAGUUCAAUUUAGGCAUUUGAACAUUUCGAGAAAUUGUGGAAAAGCCUCUGUUUUUGAUACCUGUGGAUGCGAUUAUGUUUGGAUAUAUGAGCCACAAAUAGAAGAUGCGUCAGGUGAACAAUUUUGUGGAAGAUUCGUUAAGACUAACACUUCCCAACUAUCAUACGUCAGUCAAACAAGAACAGUGGCAUUUACGUUUAUUUACAACAACGAAUAUGGACAUGCAUUUACUCUGGACUACUUUACAAAGAGAAACAGGUUUGUAUUUUGGGGUUAUCCUAAACCUGGAAAAAUGAACAACGCAAGUCAGUUUUUAUCAUCACCAUUUUUUCCACAUAUGUAUCCAAUUGAUUUAAGUGCAGAAUACGUUAUAAAUUGCGAAUCAAUCGAACCAUGUCGAAUUAACUUGCUAUUUACGGAUUUUCUAUUAGACAUGUCAUCAAUUGUUGAGUUCUUUGACUGGAAUGGGCAGAGGAUGUACGUUAUAUCUGGGAAUGUUUUCAGGCCCCCGGUGAUCACAAGCAAUGGUCCUUCACUGGUGAUAAGAUUUUAUGCUAAUGGUGCAUCGCAUCUUGGUUUUAAAGCUUCUUACUCUUUUAUUUUAGGAAAUAUUCAUGAUUCCGCUUUUAAGCCCCAUAUAGGUUGCGGAGGAAAUGUAAAUAAUUUGGGAGGUGGAAUUACUAUGAUGAACAUGGUUACAAAAGGAACAGCUUUAUUUGAUUGUGUCUGGAUAGUCAAACCACCUGAGAAUUUUAGACAUAGAAAAACGCAUUUGUAUGUUAAAAUUGUAACGUUUUUAGAAUUCGCUGGUACCACUGAAUUGACUAUUAGACAGGGAGCCACAUCAAAUCAGCCUUCCGUAGAAACGUUGCGUCACCCUGCGGCACAUUUUGGCAGUUCUAAGCAAGUUGAGCAUAUUGUUCCUAUUAAUCAGGGAUUUUACAUAAGAUUAAGAGGCAUCUUUACCCCAAAAUCUCAAUUGGCUAUCAUAUAUGCUGCGUUUAAUUACAAAGAUUGCUUCGGAGGUUCUGACUUUUUGUGCCACAACAUGAGAUGUAUAUCAGUUUUGCUUAAUUGCGAUGGUUUUGAUCAUUGUGGUGAUAACAGUGAUGAAUUAAACUGUUUUCAAGAUCCUAAGGAUCAUCGAGAGUUUUCCAAAAUCCCAAAUUUUCUAUUUCCCAAAACUGAACCAUAUUCUGAUAUAACAACGGCUACUUUCGUGUUUUUGACCUGCAGUUUUGGUUUAAUUGGUAUAAUUCUAGCGAUGGCUUUACUUCUUUAUAGAGUCAAUAUAAGAGCUCAACACCAAAGGCAAAUUCAGGACCAUAUUGAGACCAUUCAUGCAAUAUUAGAAGAAAGCGUUGGAGACAUCGAAGAGGAAAUUAUCGUUCCUGAUGAACCUCCAGACUAUGAACAUCCACCAGAAUACAAUGAACUAGUAAAAAUGAAGUAUUUCAAAGAGUUUGAAGAACUUAAAAUUGAGCAAAAAAGGUGUUGCAGAUGCAAUUGCAUAUCAAAUGUACAAUUAGAGGCAAGCAGAUCGGAUGUUGACUUAACUGUUCUUUUCCCUUGUGAUAGCUUAGCAUCAGAAGCAAGCACAAGCCAAACUUGCUGUACUAUUUCUCCUUCCAUACGUAUUCCUGAUUCUCCGCCACCCGCAUAUGACAAUUUAGCAACGACAGCUCUGGAAAAUGAGAAAGGUGCCAAUAAUAUUGUUAGUGAACAUUCAAUGACUGAAUUUACAGAGUUUACAUUUUCUGAACCAGGACCAUCUGUUGACACCGUACCAAUCCCACAACAACCAACCACAUCUGAAGAUUCUACAGAAAGCAGAGCGACUAAAUAUUUUGAGAAUCUUCCCAAAUAUUCCUCGCAAAUCUUCAAUGAAAUAAAGAAGGGAAUCCGCAACUGCAAAUCCAUGAAUAUUCUAAGAAGCGCCAGACGACCAGUUAGUUUAUCCGAGGAAAAUUUGAUUAGAUAUUUUUCAGAUUCAGAAUUAAUUUUUAAUUCAAGAGUGAAUAUUAAUAGCGGUGCUGACAGUUUUAGAUUUAGGAAGAGUUUUUCGAGUAGUGCUCUCUCAUCAGUUUGAAAACGAAUGUAAGAAAACAGUUUUGGAAAGAACGCAUCUGAAGUUGUUGUUUGUUUAUUUGUGAUUAUCCAGCUUAACACUUCAUC